AUGAAAGGCAAUACGCCUUCUUCUCCGGGAAGCACUCCAUCGCUGCUGCGACGCCUCAGCCAGUUCGUGCAGCCGAGUCCAUCAUCGUCGGCAUUUCAGCCAAGGGCCAAAGGCUCAUCUGACUCGCCACUCACGCCGACUGCGAAUCUGCCGAGGGAUGACGCCACGAUCAAGUCUGUAUGGCUCGAUUGCGAUCCUGGCCAUGACGACGCUAUGGCUUUGCUUAUGGCAGUACAUCAUCCGAGUAUAGAUUUGCUGGGCAUCUCGACUGUAGCUGGCAACGCGGGUGGGCGUGACACUUUUCUGAAUGCAGUCCGUCUCAUGGCUCUGUACCGAGCAGACCCCUCGAUACCCGUAAUCCGCGGGUCUGACUGUCCGUUAGUCAAAGAAGUCAAGGUGGACGUCGGAAUCCAUGGUCAGGGAGGUCUUGGUGGGGUUCAAGGUCUUCCCUCUUUGUCAUCGCCGCUGUGUCAACCUUGGCUGCAGCCCGCUUAUCCCAAGACGAGCUCCCCCACAACUGGGCCCGAACCUUCGCUCUUCCUAUAUACGCUCUCGACCAUCCUGACGGAGCGCCUCAACAACGGCAAACCGCCUAUCCAUCUUGCUGUCACCGGUCCCAUGACCAACGUGGCGCUCUUCAUCCGAUGCUAUCCGCACCUCAUUCGGGGCAUUGAACAGAUUGUGCUCAUGGGUGGUGCUGCUGGUGUUAGGGGUAACAGAGGGCCGCUCGCGGAGUUCAACAUUCUCAAUGAUCCCGAAGCAGCUGCUAUCGUCUUCAACACCGACAUCAAGGUCGUCAUGGCUGGGCUCAAUGUCACUCAUCAAGCCAUAUUUACAGCAGAGCUCCACGACCGGCUCCUUUCUGGCAAGAUUCGAUCGGUCUCGUCAUCUCGCAGACAAUCGAGGACCGCAUUGAGUGCCAUUUCGCCGACGCAGUCGCCUAGUACUUCGCCCUUUGCGCCCACGGCUGAUCUAUCGGCAUCGACGCAGGUUGGGCCAAGCGACCUAAAAAAAAUGCUGAGCUCGACGUUGACCUUCUUUGCCAAGACAUACGCGUCCGAGUUUGGCUUCACACGAGGUCCGCCCGUGCACGACAUGUUGGCCAUCGCCUACAUUAUCGAUCCGACGCUCUUCUAUCGCCGUGUUCCUUCGCCUGGCGAUGUUCCCAAUGUGUCCAUGGUUGAUGCCGAUCCGUACACCAACAAAGGCAUGCCUAUGGCCGCUUCUUUAGCCAAGCCAAAUAAACUGGGUGGUUUGCAGGGUGGCAACUCGUUGGGGCUUGACAUGAGCGUUGUUGGAGGAGGAAGCGGAGAGACUAGCAACAUCCCGGAUGUGCCGGUGAACACAGCUGAGACUACGACUACACCCAGGGGCACACCACCAAAACGGUACCGAGUCGACGUCGAGUGCAGCGACGGUUUGGCAUGUGGUGCAACCGUCGUCGACUUUUGGGGUGAUCGUGUUGAACACGAGGGCUGGGGAAAAGGCGGCAGGAACGUGGAAGUGCUCGAAAAUCUCGACUGUCCUCGCAUGUGGGAUAUUUUCUUCGAGGUGGUCGAGCGUGCUGAAACACAUAUUGCUAGCAGUGGACUGGUUCGCACCGAUGCGACUGCGAUGGCUCAAGACACUGUCGAUGUUGGUUCUGGUCUCAGUUCACCUUCGAGAUCGCCGACCAAGGCAUUCGCGACCUUGCGUCUUGGCGUUGACCCUGUUGACAACAACAGCAACAACAAAUUAUACUAG